AUGCCUUGUGAUAAUUAUCGAACCGUGCCUCUUCCCAUUUUCGAAGCCUCCGAGAUGCGCUCGAACUAUGCACCUGUUAUACUUCCAAAACUUGUGGUAUCUGCGGAUGGAUCGUCAACGUCUGGCGGAAAAGAUCUUCGCCUGCGUUUUGUGUGGUACAACGGUGCCAGAAACACCCUCUUGCGAUUCCUGUCCGAGUCGAAUCCUGCAGGACUCGACGUUAGGGACUUGACCCCGGUCCCAUAUCCGGAAGGUGAGUGGAUCCGAGAUAUUCCAUUGUCCAUUCAAGAACCUAACAGGAUCUUACAAUACAUUUCCAUAUUUGAACGUGAUCAGAAAUGUGAGGAUAGCAGUUUCACCAAGUCUCCUCCAUUUGUAAUUCAUGAAUAUAUUAAAGGAACAAAAUGGAAAGAUGAUAAAUUAUUAGUUCAGCAAUUAGAUUCAAUCGAUGCUCAUUCAAGUGUUCCUAAUGUUUCGACUCUUCAUAUUCCAAAGUAUUCAUUUAUAUAUACAAACGUCGGAUCAAAUGACUCCGAUAUAAUUACAUUACCAUUAUUUAUUGUAGUUAUUGCCAUAG